AUCGGCGGUGCUCUGUGGCCCUCGGACACAGCGGAUCACCGAUCCACAGAAAGAGCGAAAGAUGUCAGCUUGGUCAUGUGAUCAGCUGUGUCCAAUCACAGCUGAUCACAUGGCACUGAUGAUCAGUGUGGCCCCAGAAGUGCUACCUGUCAGUGUCCAUCAGUGCCAGCUGUCAGUGCUGAACAGUGCCACUUGCCAGUGCCCACCAGUGCCACAUAUCAGUGCCAAUCUGAGCUGCCCUUCAGUGCCGCCUAACAGUGCCAGUCAGUGCCACCUAUCAGUACCAGUCAGUGCCGCCUAUCAGUGCCAUAUAUCAGUGCUGCCUUUCAGUGCCCAUUAGGGAUGCCUGUCAAUGCCCAUCAGUGCCACCUACCAGUACCCAUCAGUG